AUGGCCCCAGUCAACAUCCUGAGGCAGAGGUUCUCGGUGCUGGAGCAUUAGCAUCACACCACCUGCACUGUCUCUAACCUCACUGUUGGCAACACCUACUCUUUCUGGGUCUUUGCUAAAAACCAGUGUUGACUCAGUGCCUCAGCUCCUAUCACUACUGACCUCGCCCACAUCCAGAAAGCAGCAAUCACUUUCAAACCUGAGAAGUUUGGAGAUUUCUCUGAAGCCCCAGAGUUCACCUACUCACUGGCAGACUGCAGCACGAUCAGUGCUGUCAGCACCCAUUCCUUUGGGUGUCUGGCAUCUCUCAAGGUGAGCAGGGAAAUUUGGGGGCUUAACCAGAUAGAUAUCCAGAGAAGCUCCAAGCACAGAGCCCUUACUGACCAGGGUGUCUACUCCCUGGAGAUUUGGAAGCCAGGACCUUUUGAUGGGGAAAUAUACACUCUCAAGGCCAUCAACCCUUCAGGAGAAGCAUCUGUGAAUUGUCAAGUGGAUGUGAAAGGUGGUUGUUGUUCAUCCUUCAUUCUGGAAGAGGACCAAUGA